CAGCAGUGACGUUUUUUCAUCAGAAAGUAACCAGGCUUGACGAGGCUACCACGAACACAAAGACAACAACAAAGGCGAACGGAGGAAAGGAAAUGUGCAUGAUAGCUUAGUGAUCGCUGCUGCUGGACACCUGACAUCACUACUCCUGGACCAUUGCAUAAACACACUAGAAAGAGGACAACCCGUCUCAUGAUAUGAAAAACAUUACCAUCAAGCACACAAGUCAAUAUAUGUCAAGAUUCGCUCUGAGCAGAUUCGCUUCAGGUGGUGAGUGUGAGUCAUUGUUACAGACAGUAUUUAUGAUGGGAGAGAUAGCUAUGUGUAUUGUUAAAGUUGAUUUAGACGUGUGGAGUUUUUUUUCCUUGUAUGGUAGUAGUUAUUAUUGUUUUGGAUUUGACAACCAGAACAAAGCAUUGUUGUUGACCAUAACGACAAGUCCAUACAUCAUGCAUUUGGUUGUAUUAACACAUUAAUAACAAACACAACUAGAUGUUGUUGAAAUGAGAAUGGUUUGUUGUAUUAUCGCUGUCUUUGGCGUCGUAAAACGUGUCUCCUGUUGCUGCAUCCAAUGUUUUGCCCAUUGGUUUAGAGUUGUUGUGUUGAUUUGGGAGUGAAACGAUAGCUGUCCUUUGUUUGGUGCUCUUCUCCUUCUUCCUGUAUUGGUUACCUAGACCAUAGCUCCGUGGACGCGGAACUGCCUUCCUUUGUUGUGAAAAACACCUCGGAUGCUGUGCGCUUCUCGGAUGCUUUUCGACGUUUCGUCUCAUAACUAUUCAGCCAUAUUUUCCUAUAUGUAACUCGAUGACGGCAACGCAAGCUAAUUUAGCUAACGUUAAAUUGUUGUGGGUUUAUUUUCCAUAAUGUAUAAUAAAGCCUUUCCAGUUUGUGGGUAUUGUCGAUGCCUGAUACUUGAAAGACAUCCAUGCUGGUUUGGUUGGCUAUGAGACAGUCAGGCUCGAAGCGCCCAUGGUCUUUCAGAGGGAGUGAGGAUCCACGAAGCCAGACAAGGAAACCAAAAACAUUAAUGGGACCAGCCAGACCAACCUGGACUCAGGGGUAGACGUUACAUAGUAAACGGAAAUCCGACACAUGCCGAUGAGUGUGAUAUGUAUUAAUUUGUGGAUGUCCAUCAUCCAUUUCAUAUGAUAUGUUACGAAUUAUAAUUCUUAUGACAUGUUACGAAUUGUAAUUCGUACAAUAUAUUACACAUUUGCUAAACAUAUAUGUUGCGAAUUCCUAUUUGUUGUGGCUAACGUUAGCUAGGUGGCUAGCGUGAGCUAGGUUAGCGUUCAAGGUUAAAGUGUUAUGGUUAGAGUUAGCUAACAUGCUAAGUAGCUAAAACGUAUUAAGUAGUUGCUAAUGAUCUAAAAUGCUAAAGUUGUCCGUGAUGAGAUUCGAACACACAACCUUUGGGUUGCUAGUCAUCCGUGUUAUAGGCCCACCCAACCCCCCUAUUGUCGUAUUUGCCUUAAGUAACCUUCUGUCUUAUGUAACCGUACCAAACGUAACAACCAUACUAUUAUCAGUGUCCUGGCUUUACGUUUUCUAUGUUACGUCUAGUUUAUGAGACCAGGCUGGCCAGUCAGCCACAUACACAAUGGGUGUUUCUCAAUGUGCAUACUUUGGUGCCCCGCACUCAUGCUCCGAUGAUUCUCCGACCACAUUCUCUUGAGGUACGUUCUACGUUCUUGUGAAAAGCACUCGCACUCCCCCUACUGUAUUACCAAAGAUGUUUUACAACUAAACCAAGAUAGACCACAGCCUAAAUUGGAACAAAUGAGUCAUAGUGGGCAGAACAAGCAAGGAGGUGGGCAGAGCCAAGCAGGAGCUAGCGAGAUCCUAUUGGUGCUUUGUAGCAUUUAUUUGCAUAUAUCCAUUAGGGAACGCCUACUCUGAAGUGAGCAAUAACUCAAUUCGCACUCCUAAACAAUGGCAUUUUUUAAAACUUUGGGUAAAGUCUACAAAACCUAGUCCACUCUGUUCGUAAGAGAUUGUAGUUUUGGGAACAGCAAACUGUAUGGAGAUUAAAUGUUUAAUCAACGAGAAAAUUAGCAGAAUGUCGGCCAAAAUCCAUCUUCUCCCACUGCCAGCCACUGGGCUUCCUCUCAUUACCAUAUUUGGUAGUGAGUGGAAACACCAAGCGGACGCUUCUCAAUUAUACAGCCAGUGAAAUAUCUGUCUCAUUGUUCUAUCUGUAUUAUUACCUCAUGCUUCACCUCCUCAUUCACUGAACCUUCCUCCAAGAUAUACUCAAAGCAAACUUUUUAUUUCAUAAUAAUCAGCUACAUUUUUACAGUUUAGUCAUUUAGCAGACGCUCUUAUCCAGAGUGACUUACUGAGUGCAUACAUUUUUCUUAUUAUUUUUUUGUUUUUGUUUCCAUACUGGCCCCCCGUGGGAAUCGAACCCACAACCCUGGCGUUGCAAGCGCCAUGCUCUACCAAUUGAGCUACACGGGACCUAGCUAGAUAUGUGAAUCUUAAUAAUCUAGCUUACCAGGUAGUUAAACAGGCAAAAAUGACCUAAAACUAAUGUUAUGCACGGGAACUACCAAUUCUUGGUGGCUAGCUAGCUAGCUAGUUAGCCCUAUUGACUUACUAUGGAUUUACCCAUUAACUGAACCGUCUUUCAGCCAGGACAACAAUGGCAAUCGAGAUGAAACAAGAUAUACACAAAGCAACAGUUUUACUUCAUAACUCUCAACUAGCUAUAUGUGGAUCGUAAUAAUGUAGCUAAACAGAUAGUUUAACAGGCAAAAAUGACCUAAAACGAAUAUUAUGCAAGAGAGAUGUCAAUUCUUAGUGGGUUGUUUGCGAACAAUUAGUUGUGGCUAUCUGGCUAGCUAACAGUACUAGCAGCUAGCCAGUUAGCCCUAUUGACUUAGUAUGGGUUUGCGAUCUACGUUACGUAGGCAGGUAAACAUGCCAAAAUUAACAUUAACAUAAAUAUUGCAGUCAGGCAACAUAUGAGAUGUGAAAAGGCAACAUUUCAUUCCGAAAGUCUUGAGUGUAUUUUCUCUCGCUUUAGCUCAAAUAAUGGCUGCCAUUGAUUUCAAGAAAUGUUGCGUCAUUUUUUUACAUGCUUGCGUCAUAUUUCUUUGCAUACUUUCCGUUGAAGCUUGCGUCGACGCAUGCUUCAAAAUAUGUACAAACGGAGUAUGCAUUCGAGAAGUGCCCUCCGUUACUUUGAUUUGGACUCAGACUCAGACACAUUUGGUGCUCUGAGCACGGUAGUCUGCAUUUUGACAAACACUGUGUGUGUACAAAAGUAUGUGGACGCCCCUUCAAAUUAGUGGAUUCAGAUAUUUCAGCCACACCCCGUUGCUGACAGGUGUAUAAAAUCGAGCACACAGCCAUGCAAUCUCCAUAGACACACAUUGGUAGUACAAUGAACUUACUGAAGAGCUCAGUGACUUUCAACGUGGCACGGUCAUAGGAUGCCACCUUUCCAACAAGUCAGUUCAUCAUAUGUCUGCCCUGCUAGAGCUGCCCCCGGUCAACUGUAAGUGAUGUUAUUGUGAAGUGGAAAUGUCUAGGAGCAACAACGGCUCAGCCGCGAAGUGGUAGGCCACACAAGCUCACAGAACGGGACCGCCGAGUGCUGAAGCGCGUAAAAAUAAUCUGUCCUCGUUUGCAACACUCACUACCGAGUUCCAAACUGCCUCAGGAAGCAACGUCAGCACAAUAACUGUUCAUCGGGAUCUUCAUGAAAUGGGUUUCCAUGGCCGAGCAGCCGCACACAAGCCUAAUAUCACCAUGCGCAAUGCCAAGCGUCGGCUGGAGUGGUGUAAAGCUCGCAGUGGAAACAUGUUCUCUGGAGUGAUAAAUCACUCUUCACCAUCUGGCAGUCCGACGGACUAAUCUGGUUUUGGCGGAUGCCAGGAGAACGCUACAUGACCCAAUUCAUAGUGCCAACUGUAAAGUUUGGUGGAGAAGGAAUAAUGGUCUGGGGUUUUUCAUGGUUUUGGGCUAGGCCCCUUAGUUCCAGUUAAGGAAACUCUUAACCCUACAUUAUACAAUUCAAUUCUAGACGAUUCUGUGCUUCCAACUUUGCGGCAACAGUUUGGGGAAGGCCCUUUCCUGUUUCAACCCUUUUCUUAUUCAGCAUGACAAUGCCCCUGUGAACAAAGGGAGAUCCAUACAGAGAUGGUUUGUUGAGAUCGGUGUGGAAGAACUGACCUGCACAGAGCCCUGACCUCAACUCCAUCGAACGUCUUUGGGAUGAAUUGGAACGCCGAUUACGAGCCAGACCUAAUCAGCCAAAGUCAGUGCCCGACCUCACUAAUGCUCAUGUGGCUGAAUGGAAGCAAGUCCCCGCAGCAAUGUUCCAACAUCUAGUGGAAAGCCUUCCCAGAAGAGUGGAGGUUGUUAAAGCAGCAAAGGGGGGGGACCAACUCCAUAUUAAUACCCAUGAUUUUGGAAUGAGAUGCUUUACGAGCAGGUGUCCACAUACUUUUAAAAAGAGACCCUUUAGUCGAACGCAGAACAAUGCUAACUGUGUUACUAGACCAUCGACUGUCAAACGUUAGAUGUAGCUCCGUUCUUUGUAGAAGAAGAAGACCCCCUUGCCAUGACGACGGAUGGAUGGGGUAGAGGUUAAUGGCGCGAUGACAACAUACAUGACCAAAAGGCUGAAAUGGACAAAUCCACUAAUUUGAAGGAGGGGUGUCCACAUAAUUUUGUGUGUAUACAGUGGGGGGGAAAAGUAUUUAGUCAGCCACCAAUUGUGCAAGUUCUCCCACUUAAAAAGAUGAGAGAGGCCUGUAAUUUUCAUCAUAGGUACACGUCAACUAUGACAGACAAAAUGAGGAAAGACAAAUCCAGAAAAUCACAUUGUAGGAUUUUUUAUGAAUUUAUUUGCAAAUUAUGGUGGAAAAUAAGUAUUUGGUCACCUACAAACAAGCAAGAUUUCUGGCUCUCACAGACCUGUAACUUCUUCUUUAAGAGGCUCCUCUGUCCUCCACUCGUUACCUGUAUUAAUGGCACCUGUUUGAACUUGUUAUCAGUAUAAAAGACACCUGUCCACAACCUCAAACAGUCACACUCCAAACUCCACUAUGGCCAAGACCAAAGAGCUGUCAAAGGACACCAGAAACAAAAUUGUAGACCUGCACCAGGCUGGGAAGAUUGAAUCUUCAAUAGGUAAGCAGCUUGGUUUGAAGAAAUCAACUGUGGGAGCAAUUAUUAGGAAAUGGAAGACAUACAAGACCACUGAUAAUCUCCCUCGAUCUGGGGCUCCACGCAAGAUCUCACCCCGUGGGGUCAAAAUGAUCACAAGAACGGUGAGCAGAAAUCCCAGAACCACACGGGGGGACCUAGUGAAUGACCUGCAGAGAGCUGGGACCAAAGUAACAAAGCCUACCAUCAGUAACACACUACGCCGCCAGGGACUCAAAUCCUGCAGUGCCAGACGUGUCCCCCUGCUUAAGCCAGUACAUGUCCAGGCCCGUCUGAAGUUUGCUAGAGUGCAUUUGGAUGAUCCAGAAGAGGAUUGGGAGAAUGUCAUAUGGUCAGAUGAAACCAAAAUAUAACUUUUUGGUAAAAACUCAACUCGUCGUGUUUGGAGGACAAAGAAUGCUGAGUUGCAUCCAAAGAACACCAUACCUACUGUGAAGCAUGGGGGUGGAAACAUCAUGCUUUGGGGCUGUUUUUCUGCAAAGGGACCAGGAUGACUGAUCCGUGUAAAGGAAAGAAUGAAUGGGGCCAUGUAUCAUGAGAUUUUGAGUGAAAACCUCCUUCCAUCAGCAAGGGCAUUGAAGAUGAAACGUGGCUGGGUCUUUCAGCAUGACAAUGAUCCCAAACACACCGCCCGGGCAACGAAGGAGUGGCUUCGUAAGAAGCAUUUCAAGGUCCUGGAGUGGCCUAGCCAGUCUCCAGAUCUCAACCCCAUAGAAAAUCUUUGGAGGGAGUUGAAAGUCUGUGUUGCCCAGCGACAGCCCCAAAACAUCACUGCUCUAGAGGAGAUCUGCAUGGAGGAAUGGGCCAAAAUACCAGCAACAGUGUGUGAAAACCUUGUGAAGACUUACAGAAAACGUUUGACCUGUGUCAUUGCCAACAAAGGGUAUAUAACAAAGUAUUGAGAAACUUUUGUUAUUGACCAAAUACUUAUUUUCCACCAUAAUUUGCAAAUAAAUUCAUAAAAAAUCCUACAAUGUGAUUUUCUGGAUUUUUCUUUCUCAUUUUGUCUGUCAUAGUUGACGUGUACCUAUGAUGAAAAUUACAGGCCUCUCUCAUCUUUUUAAGUGGGAGAACUUGCACAAUUGGUGGCUGUCUAAAUACUUUUUUUCCCCACUGUGUGUGUGUGUGUGUAUAUAUAUAUAUAUAUAUAUACAUAUGUAUAUGUAUGUGUGUGUAUAUUCACGAGCGCUCCAAUGUAUAAAUGUUUUGAAAGUUUAAAACAAGUAAAAGUUCAUUAACAUUUCAUAAAUGUAUUCCUAUAUUGUUGUGUAACGCAUGAACUACCAGUGAUGAGUUAAUAUUGUGUAAAAAUAGUUUAUACCGGGUGAUGCAAUGCUAGGUUGGCUAUUUUAGCUAGGCUAACAUUAGCUAGCUAAGCUAGCACCAAAGCUAGCACAGUGUCUGGAUCUUCCCAACUUUCUCAACUGCAGUUUCAGAUGAGCAGCACUCAGUGAGUCAGUGCUCACCCUAGUGAAACAAUCUCUAGUGCCCCUAAUGAAACUGCAGAACGGGACCUACCUCUUGCAUGUCAAUAUUAGACUGGGAAGAAUUUACAUGCGCGACCUCACCCUAUCUGCAAGCAUGACCAAUGGCAUAACACCUUAUUGAUAUGUAGAUUCAACCAACCAAUAGGAAUACAUAUUUCUGCAGUGUCAAGUGGAAACAUAACCAAUCCUCUUACACCUACACAAGAUAAUAAUAAUAAUAAUAAUAAUAAUAAUAAUAAUCAACAAUAUAAUAAUAGAUGAAUAACAAUAAAAAAAUAAAUAUAAUCAUAAAAUAAAUAAUAAUACAGAAAUAAUAAUAAAACAUAUAAAUAAUAUAAAAAUAAUAAAAUAAUAAUAAUAAAUAAAAUAAUAAAUAAUCUAAAAUAUAAUAAAAUAUAAUAAAAUAAAGAUAAUAAAAUAAAAUAAAAAUAAUAAUAAUAAUCAUACUAAUAAUAAUAAUAAAGAAUAUAAUAAUAUAAUAAUAAUAUAUAAUAAAUUAUAAUAAUAUAAUAAUAUAAUAAUAAAAUAUAUAAUCAUAAUCAUAAUAAUAAUAUAAUACUAUAAUAAUAAUAAUAAUAAGAAGAAGAAGAAAAACAUAUAAUAAUGCUAAUAAUAUAAUAAUAAUAAUAUAAUAAUAAUAAUAAUAAAAAAGAAUAAUAUAAAAUAUUAAGAUAAAAAUAUAUAUAUAAUAUAUAAUACAAUAAUAAUAAUAUACAAAAUAUAUAUAUAUAAUUAUAAUACAUAUAAUAAUAUAAUAAUAAUAAUAUGCCAUUUAGCAGACGCUUUUAUCCAAAGCGACUUACAGUCAUGUGCGCUUACAUUUUUACGUAUGGGUGGUCCCGGGGAUCGAACCCACUACCCCGGCGUUACAAGCUCCGUGCUCUACCAGCUGAGCUACAGAGGACCACACGACGCGUCACAGUAGGUCUUCUUUGUUUAUGAAGAGAUAAAGAUCUUAGUCUUUUUGUAUCAUUAAAACAGUUGCAGGGUCGCCCCAGGGUGACAUUCCCUAUUAAAACAGUAGCAAGGUCCAGUGUAGCUCAGUUGGUAGAGCAUGGCGUUUGCAACACCAGGGUUGUGGGUUCGCUUCCCACGGGGGACCAGUAUGAGAAAAAAAAAUGAUGCACUAACUGUAAGUCGCUCUGGAUAAGAGCGUCUGCUAAAUUACUAAAAUCAAGGUCCCCCCAGGGUGAAAUUCCCUAAUAAAACACUUGCAGGCUGCUAUAUGGACACGCCUGGUGCCCAAAUUGAUGACGUAUGUCGCGAAGCUGAGAAUCGAGUGGAAAUGAAUGGAUACUGUAUACGCGCUCCGGUAUCAUUUGGGUGGUAGCAGAUUGAACAGUCUAUUGCUGGUCUAUUCUCCCCCUCCCCUCCCCUGUCUUAAUAUUAUUUCUCUCUUCCUCUCCAGGUGUAGUUUUCUCGUGGUUGCUGUGUGGAGCCUGCCGCCACACACCCAGUCCUCAACAACGACGGCUUUUGCUUGCAUCUUCCAGUGCUUCUUCUGUCAGCAAGUUCAGCAGAGCUGCUCCUCGUCCACCUCUAGCCCGGACGCCGCAGCCAAUCACAGCCCAGAGCCCCGCCCAUGUGACAUGGUGAAGAUGACCAAGUCGAAGACGUUCCAGGCCUACCUGCCCUCCUGCCAUCGCACCUACAGCUGCAUACACUGUCGGGCGCACCUGGCCAACCACGAUGAACUCAUCUCUAAGGUAGGCACACCUGGCCAACCACGAUGAACUCAUCUCUAAGGUAGGCGCACCUGGCCAACCACGAUGAACUCAUCUCUAAGGUAGGCACACCUGGCCAACCACGAUGAACUCAUCUCUAAGGUAGGCACACCUGGCCAACCACGAUCAACUCAUCUCUAAGGUAGGCACACCUGGCCAACCACGAUGAACUCAUCUCUAAGGUAGGCACACCUGGCCAACCACGAUCAACUCAUCUCUAAGGUAGGCAACACCUAGACCAACCACGAUGAAUCAAUCUCUAAGGUAGGCACACCUCAACUAUCUCUAAGGUAGGCACCACUGGCCACCACGUGAACUCAGAUUAAGGGAGGCACACCUGGCCAACCACGAUCAACUCAUCUCUAAGGUAGGCACACCUAGCCAACCACGAUGAACUCAUCUCUAAGGUGGCACACCUGGACAACCACGAUGACUUGUCUCUAAGGUCUAGGUAGGCACACCUAGCCAACCACGAUUAAAUCGUCUGUAAGGUAGAACACCUGGCCAACCACGAGAACUCGUCUUAAGUAGGCACACCUGACAACCACGACAAACUCAUCUCUAAGGAGAGGGGGGCUGGCAGUGCGCGCACGCACACACAACACACACACACACACACACACACACACACACAACACACAGAAUCAAUCAAGUUGUUUACUAGGGAACAUGUCCAGAGCUCUAGUAGCUAGCCACCUAAGCUGAUUACCCAGCGAGCCAAAGAUAGUCAGUCUCUGAACUCCACCCAUGUUGUCAACAUCUAUUAGCCUCCUUUAUGGACGAGCUUUGCAGACUACCUACCUGCAGACUACCUACCUGCAGACUACCUACCUGCAGACUACCUACCUGCAGACUACCUACCUGCAGACUAUCUACCUGCAGACUACCUACCUGCAGACUACCUACAUGCAGACUACCUACAUGCAGACUACCUACCUGCAGACUACCUACCUGCAGACUACCUACCUGCAGACUACCUACCUGCAGACUAUCUACCUGCAGACUACCUACCUGCAGACUACCUACAUGCAGACUACCUACAUGCAGACUACCUACCUGCAGACUACCUACCUGCAGACUACCUACCUGCAGACUACCUACAUGCAGACUACCUACAGUGCAUUAGGAAAGUAUUCACACCCCUUCCCUUUUUCAACAUGUUGUUACGUUACAGCCUUAUUCUAAAAUGGAUAAAAUAAAAAUAUAAUCAAUCUACCCACAAUACCCCAUAAUGACAAAGUUAAAACAGGUUUUUAGAAAUGUUUGCCAAUUGAUUCAAAAUAAAAAACAGAAACACCUUAUUUACAUAAGUAUUCAGACCCUUUGCUACGAGACUCGAAAUUGAGCUCAGGUGCAUCCUGUUACCAUUGAUCAUCCUUGAGAUGUUUCUACAACUUGAUUGGAGUCCACCUGUGGUAAAUUCAAUUGAUUGGACAUGAUUUGGAAAGGCACACACAUGUCUAUUUAAGGUUCCACAGUUGACAGUGCAUGUCAGAGCAAAAACCAAGCCAUGAGGUCGAAGGAAUUGUCCGUAGAGCUCAGAGACAGAAUUGUGUCGAGGCACCGAUCUGGGGAAGGUUAUCAAAAAAAUUUCCUCAGCAUUGAAGGUCCCCAAGAACACAGUGGCCUCUAUCAUUCUUAAAUUGAAGAAGUUUGGAACCACCAAGACUCUUCCUAGAGCUGGCCACAUGGCCAAGAUGAGCAAUCAGGGAGAAGGGCCUUGGUCAGGGAGGUGACCAAGAACCCGAUGGUCACUCUAACAGAGCUCCAGAGUUCCUCUGUGGAGAUGGGAGAAACUUCCAGAAGGACAACCAUCUCUGCAGCACUCCACCAAUCAGGCCUUUAUGGUAGAGUGGCCAGACGGAAGCCACUCCUCAGUAAAAGGCACAUGACAGCCUGCUUGGAGUUUGUCAACAGGCACCUAAAGGACUCAGACCAUGAGAAACAAGAUUCUCUGGUCUGCUGAAACCAAGAUUGAACUCUUUGGCCUGAAUGCCAAGCAUCACGUCUGGAGGAAACCUGGCACCAUCCCUACGGUGAAGCAUGGUGGUGGCACUAUCAUGCUGUGGGGAUGUUUUUCAGCGGCAGGGACUGGGAGACUAGUCAAGAUCGAGGGAAAGAUGAACGGAGCAAAGUACAGAUAGAUCCUUGAUGAUAACCUGCUCCAGAGCACUCAGGACCUCGGUGAAGGUUCACCUUCCAACAGGACAACGACCCUAAGCACACAGCCAAGACAACGCAGGAGUGGCUUUGGGACAAGUCUCUGAAUGUCAUUGAGUGGCCCAGCCAGAGCCCGGACUUGAACCCGAUCGAACAUCUCUGGAGAGACCUGAAAAUAGCUGUGCAGCGACGCUCCCCAUCCAACCUGACAGAGCUUGAGAAGAUCUGCAGAGAAGAAUGGGAGAAACUCCCCAAAUACAGGUGUGCCAAGAUUGUAGUGUCAUACCUAAGAAGACUCAAGGCUGUAAUCGCUGCCAAAGGUGCUUCAACAAAGUACUGAGUAAAUUGUCUGAAUACUUGCGUAUAUGUGAUUUAUUUUUCUUUUUUGAAUAAAUUUGCUAAAAUGUCUAAAAACCUGUUUUUGCUUUGUCAUCAUGGGGUAUUGUGUGUAGAUUGACGAGGGGGAAAAAAACAACUAUCAAUUUUAGAAUCAGUCUGUAACGUAACAGAAUGUGGAAACGGUCAAGGAGUCUGAAUACUUUCCGAAUGCACUGUAUAUCUACCGCAACCCUUUACAAACAUAGAACGCAGCUUCAGUAACGUGUCGAUAGCGACAAUUGAUCACGUUUCAGACAAUUUAAAAAAAGUGCCGCAUCAGGUCUGUACCUUUUUCAUACAGUAUAAUUCUGCUCCAGCAUAAAAUGUUCUGCAUGGUUUCCCUGACAACAGUAAACGUGGCCGAUUUGAUGUACUGCUGUGUUGUGUUUUAUGGUAAGGUAGCUAGAUGUGUUUUAUGUCUACUAAUUGUCUUGGUAAGUCACAGUAUUUAACACAUUUUAAAGUACUUUUUUUUAGGAGAGACUGGUCUGCGCGCAGGCAAGCAGGCUGCGCGCAGCAGCUCCAGAUUAUUUGAUUGACAGUUCUGGUUACCUAGUGGACGGACUUUAGUCCUGCUUCAGAAGCAGCAUUUACAGACAAGUAAAAUGAGAAGGUUUCGUCUUGGCAUAAAAAAAACAACGUAGUGUAGCCUAACAGACAAACAUGCCGUAGCCGAGGCGCUUUCAAGGGGCCACAUCGAUACAGGCUAACGGUAGCCUACUGGAAUUUCAAAUGAGGCAAAAAGGAAGAGUAGGCUACCCCGUGCUUGCAAGACUGGCCCCGAAGACAUCGGUGCCAUGGAAAGGCUAGGAUAUUCUAGGGAAAAAAACAAAAAUACUUUGUUUUUUCGGUUAGGGAUUCGUCUUAAUGUUAAGCAUCCCAACUUCGUUUGACGUUUUAAACAUUCACACCCUUAGUUUGGAGGAAUUGGAACCAUCGCUAACCUUGAUUUGGAUUUAGACUUCUACUUCAAUGAGUCGGAGGCGAUACCUGACGAGACUACGUCGGAGAGUGGAUAAACCGCCUCCACCCUCCGUUCUAUUGGCCAACGUGUAAUCACUGGAGAAUAAACUGGAUGAGUUCCGUUCGAGACUAUCCUAUCAACGUGAUCUGAAGAAGUGUAAUAUCAAUCACUGGAGAAUAAACUGGACGAGUUCCGUUCGAGACUAUCCUACACACUUGAUCUGAAGAACUGUCUAUGUUUCUCAGAGUCGUGGCUGAACACGAUCAAUAUAAAUCUAGCUGGUUUUUCUAUACAUCGGCAGGACAGAACAGCAGCGUCAGAGAAGCUCAGGGGAGGGUGUGUGUGUGUCUCCUGCUCUCUGAUAUUAAGGAAGACUCAAGGUUCUGCUCGUCUGAGUUAAAAUACCUCAUGAUAAGCUGUAGACCACACUAUCUACCAAGAGUUUAUCUAUAUUUUUCUUGGCUGUCUAUUUACCACCACAAACUGAUGCUGGCACUAAGAACACACUCAACAAGCUGUAUAGGGCAAUAAAUCAAAUCAAAUGUUAUUUGUCACAUGCGCCGAAUACAACCGGUGUAGACCUUACAGCCAAAUGCUUACUUACAAGCCCUUAACCAACAAUGCAAUUUUAAGAAAUUAAGAGUUAAGAAAAUAUUAACAAAAUAAACUAAAGUUUAAAAAAAGUAACACAAUAACGAGGCUAUAUACAGGGGAUACUGGUACUGAGUCAAUGUGCGGGGGUACAGGUUAGUCCAGGUAAUAAUGAGGCUAUAUACAGGGGGUACCGGUACCGAGUCAAUGUGCGGGGGUACAGGUUAGUCCAGGUAAUAAUGAGGCUAUAUACAGGGGGUACCGGUACCGAGUCAAUGUGCGGGGGUACAGGUUAGUCUAGGUAAUAAUGAGGCUAUAUAAAGGGGGUACCGGUACCGAGUCAAUGUGCAGGGUACAGGUUAGUCUAUGUAAUAAUGAGGCUAUAUACAGGGGGUACCGGUACCGAGUCAAUGUGCGGGGGUACAGGUUAGUCUAGGUAAUAAUGAGGCUAUAUACAGGGGGUACCGGUACCGAGUCAAUGUGCGGGGGUACAGGUUAGUCCAGGUAAUAAUGAGGCUAUAUACAGGGGGUACCGGUACCGAGUCAAUGUGCGGGGGUACAGGUUAGUCUAGGUAAUAAUGAGGCUAUAUACAGGGGGUACCGGUACCGAGUCAAUGUGCGGGGGUACAGGUUAGUCCAGGUAAUAAUGAGGCUAUAUACAGGGGGUACCGGUACCGAGUCAAUGUGCGGGGGUACAGGUUAGUCUAGGUAAUAAUGAGGCUAUAUAAAGGGGGUACCGGUACCGAGUCAAUGGGCUGGGGUACAGGUUAGUCUUGGUAAUAAUGAGGCUAUAUACAGGGGGUACCGGUACCGAGUCAAUGGGCUGGGGUACAGGUUAGUCUAGGUAAUAAUGAGGCUAUAUACAGGGGGUACUGGUACUGAGUCAAUGUAUAUAAGGUGUAUGUAAACUUCCGACUUCAACUGUAUGUACAUUUAUUUAGCAACGCUCACGCACACAACACGGGCGGUGUGGUCAGCAUGUAGUGCCCUCCAAGCUCUUCACUAAGCUAAGGAUCAUGGGACUGAACACCUCCCUCUGCAAACUGGAUCCUGGACUUUGACGGGCCGCCCCCAGGUGGUGAGAGUAGGCAACAACACAUCCGCCACGCUGAUCCUCAACACGGCGGCCCCUCAGGGGUGCAUGCUUAGUUCCCUCCAUUACUCCCUGUUCACCCACGACUUCAUGGCUGCGCACGACUCCAACACCAUCAUUAAGUUUGCCGACGACAUGACAUGACAGUGGUAAGCCUGAUCACCGACGACGAUGAGACAGCCUAUAGGGAGGAGGUCAGAGAUCUGGCCGUGUGGUUCCAGGACAACAACCUCUCCCUCGACGAUGAGACAGCCUAUAGGGAGGCGGUCAGAGACCUGGCCGUGUGGUCCCAGGACAACAACCUCUCCCUCAACAUGAUCAGGACAAAGGAGCUGAUCCUGGACUACAGGAAACGGAGGGCCGAGCACGCCCCCAUCCAAAUGGACGGGCUGUAGUGGAACAGAGAGAGCUUCAAGUUCCUCGGUGUCCACAUCACUAAGGAAUUGUCAUGGUCCAAACACACCAACAAAGUCAUGAAGAAGGCACGACAAUGCCUCUUCCCCCUCAGGAGGCUGAAAAGAUCAGAUCCUCAAAAAGUUUGCAGCUGCACCAUUGAGAGCAUCUUGACUGGCUGCAUCACCGCCUGGUAUGGCAACUUCUUGGCAUCUGACUGCAAGGCGUUACAGAGGGUAGUGUGUACGGCCCAGUACAUCACUGGGGCCAAGCUUCCUGCCAUCCAGGACCUCUGUACCAGGCAGUGGCAGAGGAAGGCCCUAAAAAUUGUCAAAGACUCCAGCCGCCAAAGUCAUAGACCGUUAUCUCUGCUACCAUAUUACUGAGGGUACUAUGGUGUUGAAUGCUGAGCUAUAGUCAAUGAACAGCAUUCUUACAAAGGUAUUCCUCUUGUCCAGGUGAGAUAGGGCAGUGUGAUGGCGAUUGCAUCUUCUGUGGAUCUAUUGGGGCGUUAAGCAAAUUGAAGUGGGUCUAGGGUGACAGGUAAGAUAGAGGUGAUAUGAUCCUUGACUAGUCUCUCAAAGCACUUCAUGAUGACAGAGGAGAGUGCUACAGGGCGAUAGUCAUUUGGUUCAGUUACUUUUGCUUUCUUGGGUACAGGAACAAUGGUGGCCAUCUUGAAGCAUGUGGGGACAGCAGACUGGGAAAGGGAGAGAUUGAAUAUGUCCAUAAACACACCAGCCAGCUGGUCUGCGCAUGCUCUGAGGACGCGGCUAGGGAUGCCGUCUGGGGAGGCAGCCUUGCGGGGGUUAACAUGCUUAAAUGUCUUAAUCACGUCGGCCACAGAGAAGGAGAGGCCACAGUCCUUGGUAGUGGGCCUUGUCAGUGGCACUGUGUUAUCCUCAAAGCGGGUGAAGAAGGUGUUUAGCUUGUCUGGAAGUGAGACGUCGGUGUCGGCGACGUGGCUGGUUUUCCUUUUGUAGUCCGUGAUUGUCUGUAGACCCUGCCACAUACGUCUUGUGUCUGAGCCGUUGAAUUGCGACUCCACUUUGUCUCUAUACUGAUGUUUUGCCAGUUUAAUUGCCUUGCGGAGUGAGUAGCUACACUGUUUGUAUUCUGCCAUAUUCCCAGUCACCUUGCCAUGGUUGAAUGCGGCGGUUCGUGCUUUCAAUUUUGCGCGAAUGCUGCCAUCUGUCAACGGUUUCUGGUUAGGGUAGGUUUUAAUAGUCACAGUGGGCACAACAUCACCUAUACACUUCCUGAUAAACUCAGUCACCGCCGCCAUCUUUGUCGGAGCCAGGUUGAUUUACAGUAGACCCAGAAAUAGACGAACUCUUUCUCCCUCUCCCUCCUGUCUGUUGGGUAAAGGUGUCUAACACUCUGCAGUGCUGACCCAGAUCCCUCAGUCCAAGCUGAAAGGUCGUCCUCCCUUGUGUCCGCACACACACACACACACACACACACACACACACACACACACACACACACACACACACACACACACACACACACCUUACAUAAUCAGUCUGUCAUAUACAAUGCACUCGCACCUCACAGAGGCAUGCAGUGAGUAUGCAGACACUUUUAUGCAUACAUCAACCAGGUAUAGGUGUUCAGUCUUUAUGUUAAUGCUGAGUGUUGGCCUGGAAUGCUGGGUAAGCUGUGGCCCAGUCACAUUACCUGUCCUUUAUUUUUUUUUAAAUGCACCUUUAUUUAACCAGGUAAGCCAGUUGAGAAAAGUUCUCAUUUACAACUGCGACCUGGCCAAGAUAAAGCAAAGCAGUGCGAUAAAAACAACAACACAGAGUUACAUAUGGGGUAAAAAAAACAUAAUGUCAAAAAAUACAACAGAAAAUAUAUAUACAGUGUGUGCAAAUGUAGCAAGUUAUGGAGGUAAGGCAAUAAAUAGGCUAUAGUGCAAAAUAAUUACAAUUAGUAUUAACACUGGAAUGAUAGAUGUGCAAAAGAUGAUGUGCAAAUAGAGAUACUGGGGUGCAAAUGAGCAAAAUAAAUAACAAUAUGGAGAUGAGGUAGUUGGGUGGGCUAAUUACAGAUGGGCUGUGUACAGGUGCAGUGAUCGGUAAGGUGCUCUGACAACUGAUGCUUAAAGUUAGUGAGGGAGAUAAGAGUCUCCAGCUUCAGAGAUUUUUGCAGUUCAUUCCAGUUAUUGGCAGCAGAGAACUGGAAGGAAUGGCGGCCAAAGGUGUUGGCUUUGGGGAUGACCAGUGAGAUAUACCGGCUGGAGCGCAGACUACGUGUGGGUGUUGCUAUGGUGACAAAUGAUCUAAGAUAAGGCAGGGAUUUGCCUAGAAGUGAUUUAUAGAUGACCUGGAGCCAGUGGGUUUGGCGACGAAUAUGUAGUGAGGGCCAGCCAACAAGAGCGUACAGGUCACAAUGGUGGGUAGUAUAUGGGGCUUUGGUGACAAAACGGAUGGCACUGUGAUAGACUACAUCCAAUUUGCUGAGUAGAGUGUUGGAGGCUAUUUUGUAAAUGACAUCGCCAAAGUCAAGGAUCGGUAGGAUAGUCAGUUUUACGAGGGCAUGUUUGGCAGCAUGAGUGAAGGAGGCUUUGUUGCGAAAUAGGAAGCCGAUUCUAGAUCUAACUUUUAUAAUAAUAUAAUAUGCCAUUUAGCAGACGCUUUUAUCCAAAGCGACUUACAGUCAUGUGUGCAUACAUUUUUACGUAUGGGUGGUCCCGGGGAUCGAACCCACUACCCUGUUGUUUUUAUCGCACUGCUUUGCUUUAUCUUGGCCAGGUCGCAGUUGUAAAUGAGAACUUGUUCUCAACUGGCUUACCUGGUUAAAUAAAGGUGAAAUAAAAUAAUAAAAAAGUCUGUCUCUCUGUCUCUCUGUCUGUCUGCCUGUCUGUCUGUCUGAAUGAAUGCGUGCACCGCGCUACUUUUCUGAGGUUCCUUCAUGUGAUCUAACGUUUCCUUCUUUUCUCUGUUCCAGUCAUUCCAAGGCAGCCAGGGGAGAGCCUACCUCUUUAACUCUGUGUAAGUAUUAAACGCCCCUCUUUAACUCUGUGUAAGUAUUAAACGCCCCUCUUUAACUCUGUGUAAGUAUUAAAAGCCUACCUCUUUAACUCUGUGUAAGUAUUAAACGCCCCUCUUUAACUCUGUGUAAGUAUUAAACGCCCCUCUUUAACUCUGUGUAAGUAUUAAACGCCCCUCUUUAACUCUGUGUAAGUAUUAAACGCCCCUCUUUAACUCUGUGUAAGUAUUAAAAGCCUCUCUUUAACUCUGUGUAAAUAUUAAAACCACUUGUCUAUAUUGGUCCAAGCUGCAACAAUUUCUGAUAUCAAAACUACAGUGCCUUGCAAAAGUAUUCAUCCCCCUUGGCGUUUUUCCUAUUUUGUUGCAUUACAACCUGUAAUUUAAAUGGAUUUUUAUUUGGAUUUCAUGUAAUGGACAUACACAAAAUAGUCAAAAUUGGUGAAGUGAAAUGAAAAAAAUAAAUAACAGAAAAGUGGUGCGUGCAUAUGUAUUCACCCCCUUUGCUAUGAAGCCCCGAAAUAAGAUCUGGUGCAACCAAUUACCUUCAGAAGUCACAUAAUUAGUUAAAUAAAGUCCACCUGUGUGCAAUCUAUGUGUCACAUGAUCUCAGUAUAUAUACACCUGUUCUGAAAGGCCCCAGAGUCUGCAACACCACUAAGCAAGGGGCACCACCAAGCAAGCGGCACCAUGAAGACCAAGGAGCUCUCCAAACAGGUCAGGGACAAAGUUGUGGAGAAGUACAGAUCAGGGUUGGGUUCUAAAAAUAUAUCAGAAACUUUCAACAUCCCACGGAGCACCAAUAAAUCCAUUAUUAAAAAAUGGAAAGAAUAUGGCACCACAACAAACCUGCCAAGAGAGGGCCGCCCACCAAAACUCACGGACCAGGCAAGGAGGGCAUUAAUCAGAGAGGCAACAAAGAGACCAAAGAUAACCCUGAAGGAGCUGCAAAGCUCCACAGCGGAGAUUUGAGUAUCUGUCCAUAGGUCCACGUUAAGCCGUACACUCCACAGAGCUGGGCUUUACGGAAGAGUGGCCAGAAAAAAGCCAACACGUUUGGUGUUCGCCAAAAGGCAUGUGGGAGACUCCCCAAAAAUAUGGAAGAAGGUAGUCUGGUCAGAUGAGACUAAAAUUUAGCUUUUUGGCCAUCAAGGAAAACGCUAUGUCUGGUGCAAACCCAACACCUCUCAUCACCCCCGAGAACACCAUCCCCACAGUGAAGCGUGGUGGUGGCAGCAUCAUGCUGUGGGGGUGUUUUUCAUCGGCAGGGACUGGGAAACUGGUCAGAAUUGAAGGAAUGAUGGAUGGCGCUAAAUACAGGGAAAUUCUUGAGGGAAACCUGUUUCAGUCUUCCAGAGAUUUGAGGCUGGGAUGGAGGUUCACCUUCCAGCAGGACAAUGACCCUAAGCAUACUGCUAAAGCAACACUUGACUGGUUUAAAGGGGAAACAUUUAAAUGUCUUGGAAUGGCCUAGACAAAGCCCAGACCUCAAUCCAAUUGAGAAUCUGUGGUAUGACUUAAAGAUUGCUGUACACCAGCGGAACCCAUCCAACUUGAAUGAGCUGGAGCAGUUUUGCCUUGAAGAAUGGGCAAAAAUCCCAGUGGCUAGAUGUGCCAAGCUUAUAGAGACAUACUCCAAGAGACUUGCAGCUGUAAUUGCUGCAAAAGGUGGCUCUACAAAGGGGGGUGAAUAGUUAUGCACGCUCAAGGUUUCUGUUUUUGUCUUAUUUCUUGUUUGUUUCAAACAAAAAAAGAUUUAGCAUCUUCAAAGUGGUAGGCAUGUUGUGUAAAUCAAAUGAUACAAACCCUCCAAAAAUCCUUUUUAAUUUCAGGUUGUAAGGCAACAAAAUAGGAAAAAUGCCAAGGCGGGUGAAUACUUCCGCAAGCCACUGUAUCUCUAACAUCCUUAACCAAACACCCAACCUUAUGCCUAAACCUAACCUUAAAUAGAGCUAAUUUCUCUCUCUCUCUCCCUCCCUCAGUGUGAACGUGGGCUGUGGGCCAGCCGAGGAGCGGGUUCUCCUAACAGGUUUACAUGCCGUCGCUGACAUCUACUGUGAAAACUGUAAAACCACUCUGGGCUGGAAAUACGUAUGUCACCUACCUACCUACUGCACCUACCGCUCAAACAAAAUGGCACCUACCUACCUAAUACACCCACCGCUCAAACAAAAUGGCACCUACCUACCUAAUACACCUACCGCUCAAACAAAAUGGCACCUACCUACCUAAUACACCCACCGCUCAAACAAAAUGGCACCUACCUACCUAAUACACCUACCGCUCAAACAAAAUGGCACCUACCUACCUAAUACACCUACCGCUCAAACAAAAUGGCACCUACCUACCUAAUACACCCACCGCUCAAACAAAAUGGCACCUACCUACCUAAUACACCCACCGCUCAAACAAAAUGGCACCUACCUACCUAAUACACCUACUGCUCAAACAAAAUGGCACCUACCUACCUACUACACCUACCGCUCAAACAAAAUGGCACCUACCUACCUACUACACCUACCGCUCAAACAAAAUGGCACCUACCUACCUACUACACCUACCGCUCAAACAAAAUGGCACCUACCUACCUACUACACCUACCGCUCAAACAAAAUGGCACCUACCUACCUAAUACACCUACCGCUCAAACAAAAUGGCACCUACCUACCUACUGCACUUACCGCUCAAACAAAAUGGCACCUACCUACCUACUACACUUACCGCUCAAACAAAAUGGCAUCUACCUACCUACUACACCUACCGCUCAAACAAAAUGGCACCUACCUACCUACCUACUGCACUUACCGCUCAAACAAAAUGGCACCUACCUACCUACUACACCUACCGCUCAAAUAAAAUGGCACCUACCUACCUACUACACCUACCGCUCAAACAAAAGGGCACCUACCUACCUACUACACCUACCGCUCAAACAAAAUGUCACCUACCUACCUACUACACCUACCGCUCAAACAAAAUGGCACCUACCUACCUAAUACACCUACCGCUCAAACAAAAUGGCACCUACCUACCUACUGCACUUACCGCUCAAACAAAAUGGCACCUACCUACCUACUACACCUACCGCUCAAACAAAAUGGCACCUACCUACCUACCUACUGCACUUACCGCUCAAACAAAAUGGCACCUACCUACCUACUACACCUACCGCUCAAACAAAAUGGCACCUACCUACCUAAUACACCUACCGCUCAAACAAAAUGGCACCUACCUACCUAAUACACCUACCGCUCAAACAAAAUGGCACCUACCUACCUACCUACUACAAGGCAGGCUCACACUUAACCUUUAAUGGCAGUUAAAAAUAAGUCACAGCUUAAAUCAACCCAACCCACAAGUCUACAGCAAUCAACAUACAGCACUAGACGUUGUCUCACUGUUGUCACAUUCUUAACGCCCGGCACCACACCCUAAUAUGGAUUUGUUUUUCUCUUAAUCAUAUCACAAUCAACUUUUUACCAGUUGAAUGUAAACACAAAUAAUACUUUUUUUGUAUUACAAUAUUUCUGAAAUAUUUUAUUAAAACAUGAAAAUGAGGCGAUAUCUCAUUAAAUGAAUGCAUAUUUGCAUACGACGCAAUUAAUUUUUCUGGACACUGAAUGAAGUCAGCCUGAAUAAAUAAAAUAAAAUAUUCAUUUUGUUAGACACUUUUCAUCUUUCUAUCUGUAAAAUACUAAAGAUGUAUGUAAAAAUGCAUUUUUCCAAAUAAAAUGUUAUCUAGAAUAAAAAAUUUACAACAAAUCAACAAUCCCCUCUUGGCAAGUCUGGAGAAUAUACACUGAACAAAAAUAUAAACGCAACAUGCAACAAUUUCAAAGAUUUUACUGAGUUACAGUUCAUUUAAGGAAAUCAGUCAAUUGAAAUAAAUUCAUUAGGCCCUAAUCUAUGGAUUUCACAUGACUAGGAAUACAGAUAUGCAUCUGUUGGUCACAGAUACAAUGCAUACGGAAAGUACCUUAUUUACAUAAGUAUUCAGAUGCUUUGCUAUGAGACUCGAAAUUGAGCUCAGGUGCAUCCUGUUUCCAUUGAUCAUCCUUGAGAUGUUUCUACAACUUGAUUGGAGUCCACCUGUGGUAAAUUCAAUUGAUUGGACAUGAUAUAAAAGGCACACACCAGUCUUUAUAAGGUCCCACAGUUGACAGUGCAUGUCAGAGCAAAAACAUUUUAACAUUUAACAUUUUAGUCAUUUAGUGAGUGCAUAUAUUUUCAUACUGGCCCCCCGUGGGAAAUGAACCCACAACCCUGGCGUUGCAAGCGCCAUGCUCUACCAACUGAGCUACAGGGGACAAAAAAAAAAACAAGCCAUGAGGUCGAAGGAAUUGCCCAUAGAGCUCAGAGACAGGAUUGUGUUGAGGCACAGAUCUGGGGAAGGGUACCAAAACAUUUCUGCAGCAUUGAAGGUCCUCAAGAACAAAGUGGCCUCCAUCAUUCUUAAAUGGAAGAAGUUUGGAACCACCAAGACUCUUCCUAGAGCUGGCCGCCCAGCCAAACUGAGCAAUCGGGGAGAAGGGCCUUGGUCAGGGAGGUGACCAAGAACCCGAUGGUCACUCUGACAGAGCUCCAGAGUUCCUCUGUGGAGAUGAGAGAACCUUCCAGAAGGACAACCAUCUCUGCAGCACUCCACCAAUCAGGCCUUUAGGGUAGAGUGGCCAGAUGGAAGCCACUUCUCAGUAAAAGGCACAUGACAGCCCGCUUGGAGUUUUCCAAAAAGCACCUAAAGGACUCUGACCAUGAGAAACAAGAGUCUCCGGUCUAAUGAAACCAAGAUUGAACUCUUUGGCCUGAAUGCCAAGCAUCACAUCUGGAGGAAACCUGGCACCAUCACUAAGGUGAAGCAUGGUGGUGGCAGCAUCAUGCUCUGGGGAUGUUUUUCAGCGGCAGGGACUAGGAGACUAGUCAGGAUCGAGGGAAAGAUGAACGGAGCAAAGUACAGAGAGAUCCUUGAUGAAAACCUGCUCCAGCGCGCUCAGGACCUCAGACUGACGCGAAGGUUCACCUUCCAACAGGACAACGGCCCUAAGCACACAGCCAAGACAAUGCAGGAGUGGCUUCGGGACAAGUCUGAAUGUCCUUAAGUGGCCCAGCCAGAGCCCGGACUUUAACCCGAUCACGCAUUUUUGUGUUCGUUGUCCAUAGCUUAUGCCUGCCCAUACCAUAACCCCACAGGCCACCAUGGGGCACUCUGUUCACAAUGUUGACAUCAGCAAACUGCUCGCCCACACGACGCCAUGUCUGCUAUCUGCACGGUACAGUUGAAACCAGAAUUAAUCUGAGAAGAGCACGAUUCUCCAGUGUGCCAGCGGCCAUCGAAGGUGAGCAUUUGCCCACUGAUGUCGGUUACGACACCAAACUGCAGUCAGAUCAAGCAGAUGAGCUUCCCUGAGACGGUUUCUGAGAGUUUGUGCAGAAAUUCUUCGGUUGUGAAAACCCACAGUUUCAUCAGCUGUCCGGGUGGCUGGUCGCAGGUGAAGAAGCCAGAUAUGGAGGUCCUGGGUUAUACGUGGUCUGCGGUUGUGAGGCCGGUUGGAUGUACUGCCAAAUUCUCUAAAAUGACGUUGGAAGCGACUUGAAUGAACAUUCAAUUCUCUGGCAACAGCUCUGGUAAACAUUCCUGCAGUCGGCAUGCCAAUUGCAGGCUCCCUCAAAACUUGAGACAUCUGUGGCAUCGUGUUGUGUGACAAAAACUUCACAUUUUAGAAUGGCCUUUUAUUGUCCCCAGCACAAGGUGCACCUGUGUAAUAAUCAUGCGGUUUAAUCAGCUUCUUGAUAUGCAACACCUGUCAGGUGGAUGGAUUAUCUUGGCAAAGGAGAAACGCUCACGGACAGGGAUGUAAACACAUUUGUGCACAACAUUUGAGAGAAAUAAGCUUUUUGUGCGAAUGGAAAAUUUCGGGGAUCUUUUUUAUUUCAGCUCAUGAAACAUGGGCCCAACACUUUACAUGUUGCGUUUAUAUUUUGUGUUCAGUAUAUCUAAGGAUAAAACUACAUUUGGUAAAUGAACUUCUGAAGCUGAGGAAAAUGAGUUGGCGUGUGGAGAGAGUCUGACUUUCGGCCGUUAAAGACGAGACUGAAUUAAGAUUCCAAAAGCCAAUUUAGACCCAAUCACCAUUCCAAUGUAGUCCAGUUUGUAACAUUCUCUAUGAAAUGGGCUUUGAACUUAUGUGUACUUUAAUGUUACUGAGCUUUGAAAUGAUUGAUGUAUGUCCAUUUUAAAGUGGUUAAAAUUCAUAUAAAUGUUGAUGACGGUCGUGAUAAACUAAAGAAAAUAUACAUUUUCAUUAAGUUUGACUUUUGUAUGUCAACUUUUUGAAAAUAGUAAUUAAAAUGGACCAAAAUACCAACAAAUCAAAACAUUUAUGCAAAAAUGUCAUUUCAGCUUGUGGUGCCUGGCCUUAAGGUCACAGGAAAUCUUCAGUUGAAAUUGUUGAUUGUUUAGUUGAAAGCAUCAGCAGAACGGUAUGACCUGGUUAGCAAUAAUACAUUCUAAAGCCCUGCAUGGUGACGUCAGACUAAUGUUUUGUUGUUGUUGUUGUUGUUGUUGACUAACAGAAUGUUGUGUUGCAGGAGCAUGCGUUUGAGAGCAGCCAGAAGUACAAGGAGGGGAAGUUCAUCAUCGAGCUGGCUCACAUGAUCAAGGACAACGGCUGGGAGUGA